AUGAGGGGCAGAGUGCAGCGCCGAGGAGAUCGGGAAGCUGCUGCUGCUGCUCCUGCUGCAGCAGCCAGAAGGCCUUCUCCCGCAGCAGACCGGAGGGAGCAGCAAAUGCGCGGAGCAGCGGAUGUAGCAGCGUUAAAGCGCAGCAGCAGAAGCAGAAGCAGCAGCAGCAGGAGAAACAGGAAGAGACGGGGCAGCUGCGGGCAAGGAGACAGCCGAAGCCCCAGUAGGAAGCGUCACAGCUGCAGCAAUGCAGCAGCAACAGCAAGUGCUGCUGCUGCUGCUGCUGUUGCUGAGCGUUCGGCGCACAGCCGACGUAACAGCAGCGGAGCAGGGAUGCAGGGUGGUUGUGUUGACGUUUCCGUUAAGGCGGCUCUUGCGGAGCAGCAGCAGCAGCAGCAGCAGAAGCAGCAAGAGCAGGUCUCAGCAGGAGGGCAUUCAGGAGGUGAGCCUGCUGCUGCUGAUACUGCUGCUGCCAGUGGUGUGGGGAACGGCAGCAGCAGCGCCACCGCUGCUGCUGCUGCUGCGAAGCCAGAGGGACGCGUAUCGAAGUGGAGGAGCCGCUGGGGCGUCGCUGCACCCGCAGGUGCAGCUGCCCCAGGCGUAAGCCAGCAGGCAGCAGCAGCAACAACAGAUGCUGCAGCAACAACGCAAGUUGCUGCUGCAGCCGAGCAGCAGCCGACCGCAGCAGCCGAAACAGCAGCUGCAGCAGCAGGAGACGGCGUGAAAACUGAGACUGCGCUGCCCUUCUUGCGGGCUCCCGGAGAGGGGUUGGGGCCUAAGGGGGGCCCCCAAGAUGCUCAGGGGGCCCCUGGGGGCCCCGGAGACAGCGGGAGAGCAGCAGAGAAGUAUUUGGGAUUGUUGGAGGCGAAACCGAAGAUAAGAAUUGUACUGUCGAAGAGUGCCCAGCAGCAGCUGAUGCAGCAGCGGCAGCAGCAGCGGUCUGCUGCUUCUCAGGGGGGCGCCGACGAGUCGUCUGCUGCAGCCCUCGCGGAAGCCUACCUGCUGGCAGCGGGAGAGACACCAGGUGCUGCAGCAGCUGCUGCUGCCGCUGCCGCUGCCAACGACAGCAAUGAUCAGCAGCAACAGCAGCAAGAAAUGGAGCAGUCCCCCUCUCUCACAACACCCGAGAAGCCCGCUGCUCCUGCUGCUGCUGCUGCGGAGGCAGUGGCUGAUGGAGACGAAGAAAACAAGACAGCAGAAGCAGCAGCAAAAGAGAGACACGAGAGACGCUUGGGCCUCCCCAAGGCCAUACGAGUGACAGCACCAGAGGAGACAGCGGUCGGUGAUGCAGCAUCGGCCCCAGCAGCAGCAGCAGCUGCUGCUGGUGCUGCUCAGGGUGCUGAGGGGCGCGAGGGAGAAGCAGAUCCGAACGGCGAUGCGUCUCCAUCCCCCAUCUGGCGCAACGCACAGCCCGGUGCGGCUGCUGUUGCUGCUGCUGCGGAUGAGGAGACCCGUGGGAGGAGCCGUAGGGGCUCAGACAGCUCUUCAGCAUCUCCUGCUGCCCCUGUGGGGACCCCCCUGCAGAGCCGGAGAGAGAGGGAGGAGCGAGCAGCAGCAGCAGCAGAUAGAGGGGAGGAGGGGUCUCAGUGCAGCGGCGGCGGAGACAGCAGCAGCAACAUGUUCAGGAGGCGAGGCUUUGGAAAGGAGACAGGCAAGGGGUCGCGGAUGAACGGGGAGGAGGAGACAGCUGCAGCAGGAGCGCAGCAGCAGCAGCGGCGCCCGAGGACGCGCAGCAGCAGCAGGAGCGGCAGCAGACCCAGAGACGGAAGAAGAAGAGACAGCAGCAGCAGCAUCAGCAUCAGCCGUCGCAGCAGCAACGAAGCCUACAGACGACGGCGUGGGGAGAUGAGUCGUUCGUUGUCUCCUUCAUUAAGGGAUUCUAGGGGGCGGAGCCCCUAUAGAACGAGAGACAGAGAGAAAGACAGAGAGGGAGACAGAGACAGAAGAAGUCUCUAUAGAGACAGAGACAGAGACAGAGACGAUUAUAGAGAGGGAGACAGAGACAGAGAUGCGUAUAGAUACAGAGACAGAGAUAUGUACGGCGCGAGAGACAGAAGCAGAGACAACUACAGGGACUACAGGGAAAGAGACAGAGACUUGAAGCACCGCCAUCACUGCUACGGAGACAGAGAUGAAGGCAGAGACAGAGGAGGGGGGCACAGCCACUACUGGGCCCCCAGGCGCUGGAGGCCCGACGACCGCAGAGAGACAGAGGGGCAGUGGAGGGGCCCCCAAAGGGCCCCAGGAGGAAGGCAAGAAGGAGACAGUUACCGCUGGCGUGGGGGAGGAGGCCGCUACAGAGACUCCCGAGGGUGGAGGCGCAGCAGCAGCAGGGGCAACCGCGUCGGGGCCUCCCCGGGAUACGAUCCCAGAGACGAUCCCAGACGCGAUCCCAGAGAUGACCGCAGAUACGAAUCCAGACGGGAUCCUAAGGACGACUACAGACACGAUCCCAGAGACGAUCCCAGACGCGAUCCUAAAGACGACUACAGACACGAUUCCAGAGACGAUCCCAGGGACGAUCCCAGGCGGGAGUCAAAAGAGGAGUACAGACACGAUUCCAGAGACGAUCCCAGAGACGAUCCCAGGCGGGAGUCAAAAGAGGAAUACAGACAUGAUUCCAGAGACGAUCCCAGAGACGAUCCCAGACGGGAUCCCAAAGGGCAGUACAGACACGACUCCAGAGACGACCCCAGAUACGGUGCUGCAGUAGAGCGGGGCAUCAGCGAGAGGGGAGGAGCGCGCAGCCGCAGCAACUCCAGAUAA